AUGGCAGAAUCGAACAACAACAAAAAUGUGCAACCUGCAAUCCUUACAUUUGAUGGACAUUAUGAUCAUUGGGCGAAACUCAUGGAGAAUUUUCUUCGCUCUAAGGAGUAUUGGCAUUUGGUAGAGCAUGGGAUCUCCAUUGUUACAAAUAAAACAACUGCAUCAGAAGCUGAACUUAAGGCCAUGGAAGAACAACAACUGAAUGACAUGAAGAUAAAGAACUAUCUAUAUCAAGCCAUCGAUCGUGAAAUUUUAGAUACUAUUCUUAAUGAUGAUACAUCCAAAGACAUUUGGGACUCUAUGAAACAAAAAUUUCAAGGGCCUACAAGGGUGAAAAGAGCACAAUUGCAAGCUUUGCGUCAAGAAUUUGAAAUGUUGCAAAUGAAGGAAGAUGAAACAGUGAAUUCAUACUUUGCCCGCACCUUGAAAAUUGCUAAAAGUAUGAAGGCGUGUGAAGAAAGAAUGCGAGAGAACAUUAUUGCUGCAAAAAUCUUGCGGUCCAUGAUUCCGAAAUUUAAUUAUGUUGUGUGCUUGAUUGAAGCAUCCAAUAAUUUGGACACUAUGACGAUCGAUCGAUGA